AUGCCUUCGGUUGAUCAGAUGCACUCUCGUAGACAACUGCCGGCCAUUCGCACCGCCGAGGCGCCGCCUUCCGACAUGACCCCUUCUCGAUCGCGAACCGAGCCUCCUGUACCAGAACAGCAACAACGAGAAAGGUCGGGACUGCAGAGACGAUUACAUUCGAAUAGCCUUCGUCACAGAGCUUUUACGAGCUCGAGAGAUCACCAUCGCCAGAGCGCCAAGGUGACCGUCCAGUCUGCCAUUGAGCUCAAACCUCCGAUCAGCUUCGACGCUUUUCUGCGCCGGGAUAGGAAGAGCCCCGAUUCAAGCCGAAGGGGCAGUGGUGGUCAACAACUCAGUCAACAACAGAUACAGCAAAACGGAUGGAUUGCACAGCAGCAGGCGAAGGAAGCAGAGCGCCGGAAGGUGAAGCCUCUAGACGUCAGAAAGGCGAAAGAGGAGAAUGCAUUCAGAGAGAAAGAGCUCAGAGAUAGCUUAAAAGGCGUGGAGGAGAUUGCUAUGAGUAGUACUCGGCAGCUGGAUGACACAUACUACUCUAUCUUGGAGAAUGCGUCCAUGCUGCGGUCUACUGUUGCUAGUCUCCAGCAACUUGCCGAAGAGAGCCGGAGGAUGCAUUCUACUUUCCAAGAAGACACUGCGAAACUUCAAGAGGACACACAAAAGAACCUCGUUGCUUUUCAUAAUUUCGAAGGGCAAGAAAAGAUGAUCAACGACCUCGUCGGCCAACUCAAGAAUUCCAAAACGCGGACCGGCAAGCUCAACGAUCGCCUUGAACAAUGUCGCAAUCGCGUGGAAGCUUUCGAGAGGAGAGAGAAUGCAAGGCAGAAGUCCCGUCGGAAGAACUGGGGCAUCGUCUGGGCUGUUGUGUUGGGAUUCGUCGUCUUCGUAGUUGCUGUUAUAACAGCGAAGAAUCGCAGCAUCGUUGGCACAAAGGUAUAUCAUGUUGCGAAGGUGUUGGAUUCUUUGGGCAACGAAGUUGGCGCGACGAUUACAGGCGCGUUGAAACCGUCGGCCAGCCCGAGCGAGGACCCUUACCUGAAGCGAUUAUUUGACCAACUUUGA